AAAACAAUUUUGCAAUAGCAAUACAUGUAAUGUCUGAUUAACUUCCUGUUUGGAAUAGAUCAACAUAUUUAGUAUGAAACUUUGAAGGUAUAGACAGUAUAUUCUGGAAAAAAAAUAUGUGUGAAGGACUUUAUUGUAAGCUGUUAUUGAUUUUACUAAGUGUUAUGGUAUCAACGUGUGUAAUUUCAGCAACUAUUUCUAAAAAAUGGAUUGUGAUAAACAUAACCAUCGCCUUUUCUACGUUGGUACGUGAUAAAGCAGUUCGGGUUGAAGCUGUUAGUCAUAAUUAUGUAGAAGUCGGACUUUGGCAAAUGUACAGCUGCAACCACACCACCAGUCGGUCGGCUCCGGUUUCCCCUGAUGGUUUCCAUGGCAACUUAUCCGACCCAGUUGACGUCACAUCCUGCAUUACGGCCAGCACAAAUAAGUUCAGUAGUGUGGUUCGCUGGUUGGGAGUGUCCUAUCAAACAACUGAAGGAACACUUCUCGCACAGACUGUACCCAACUACCUGUUAAACAUUCGUUUUAUUGUCGUAGCAGGGGCAUGCUUUUCGUUCCUCUGUUUGGUUGCUCUUGGCUUUUACUAUGCAUCUGAUGUCCGUUUCAAAAAGAUAAAGGGCAUUUUCGCUGGAAUGUGGGGAGUUUUCACAGUGUUAACCCUCGUUGGUAUAACGACAUGCCACAUGCUUCUGCUCCGAUGGCUUCUACAGCUGGGAUCCAACAUAGAAAUGCAAUGUCAGGGACAUUCACAAGCAGACAGGAGCAACAUCACCUGUGCCUUUAAAACAGAAGUACCUAUGGUGGCUUUGCUAAACGCGUUAGCACUUACUUUAUGCAUUGUUGUGGUAGUCAUACUGACUGCAGACGUGUGUUGCCGUAGACCUCGGAGGUUGCCGGAAUACGUUGGUAUGCCAAUGGAGCUUGUAGACUUUGGUCCUGUUGUUUGUCCCGCCGACAGUGAGGAGGACGUCCAAAGAUUUAGAAACAAAGCGGGAACUAGCUGUGAUGACGGAGCAUCCACCUCUAAUCAGCCUGAUUAGAGUACAUAUUCAAUCAACACGAUGUUGCAAUAUCGUUCUUGCAUUUUGGACAGAUACCAAUUAUCUUUAAUACAAAAUGAUUUUGUUGUUGUAUAGUGAUACACAUGUUUUUUUUUAUUGUGAUAAAGCAUCAUCAUCAUCAUCAUCAUCAUCAUCAUCAUUAGAGCCAUCAGAGCCAUUAUCAUCAAAAUCACCAUCAAAGUCAUCAGCAGAGUCAUCAUCACAGUCAUUAGAAGAGUCAUCAUCACAGUCAUCAGCAGAGUCAUCAUCACAGUCAUCAUCAUCAGUAUAGUCAUCAGAGGCAAUCUCAUCAGACUCAAUAUCAGAGACAAUUGUAAUAGGCUGCAGUGAAGUGUUGACCUGAUAUUUGUUCUAUGUGUAUUUAAGUUUCGUUGUUACAUAAAGAAUGCAUUUAAUAAACUGACAUUAAAAUAAUGAUUUAUUUAUGAACUGAA